GCGAGCCGCGCGGGGCAGGCAGCGCCAAGCAGAGCGGCCAAGCAGAGCGUGGCGACCCAGGCGCCCGCAUCAGCGCGCGCCCCACAGCGGCCGCAGCAUGAGUGGCCCCCCGCCCAGCGUGCCCGAGCCCAGCCCAGCAGAAGGGGCUGGAGGCCGAGCUGGAAAGGCCGAGGUGGGUGCCUGGGAGAAGGGCCCUCGGCUGGGCCCGCGGCUGCCCUCCAUCGUGGUGGAGCCCACCGAGGUGGGUGCUGUGGAGAGUGGGGAGCUGCGGUGGCCCCCGGAGGGCGUGCAGAGGGGUUCCCCGCAGAGCCAGGCUGCUGCCGCCCCCGCGUCCAGCCUGCCAGGAGCACCCAGGGACGUACCAGGCCAACCCGGCAGUGAGUGUGCCAGCUCCGAGGCCCAGGCCCCGCGGCCCAGGGAUAGGACAAGACCAGGGCCAGAUUCUGCUGUCCCUGCCAACGCCGCCACAGCUCCCUGACCGCUGGGAGGGUCCCAUUGCUCCCUGACCGCUGGGAGGACCCCACUGCUCCCUGACCGCUGGGAGGGUCCCACUGCUCCCUGACCGCUGGGAGGGCCCCAGCCCCGGGAAUAAAGCUGGGCCGCGCCUCCACUCACCUCCUCUGGCCAGGCCCCCAGCCCCGCCCUCUCCCGCCCAGGGUCAGGGGCGGGAUCACCCCCUCCCUAUUCUGUGGUUUGAAGCAGAAAUAAAGGCAUUUCCUGGGAGUGGCACCCUGGG